AUGACAACUGAUGAAAUUGAUGAUGGACGUUCAAGUAUACGUUCAAGUGUUGGGGGUGAUCAAGGAGAUAAUCAAGGAUAUAACCAAAAAAUAUUAACAACUUUUUCCGGUUUUGCAGGAAAUGUCAAUAAUAUGCUAGGAUCUGGCAUCUAUUCAACACCAGGAAUUGUUUGGCAGACAGUCGAUUCACCUGGUGUUGCAUUGAUUCUAUGGAUAUUUGGUGGCUUUGUAAGUUUAUGCGGGUCAUUAACUUACGUUGAGUUUGGAACCAUAACUUUAGAAAGUGGUGGUGAAACUGGCUUUUUUAAAAAAGCAUUUCCUAAACCAAAAUUGCUUAUUAGCUAUCUUUUUAGUUUUGCUUGGAUUUGUGCAAUAAGACCUGCAUCCUUGGGCGCAGUGCUACAAGUACUAGCACAACAUUUUCUGUUUGUUGUUAUACCACAUCCUCCUGAAAAUACAGGAAAUACAACAGUAGACGAACAUGGGUAUUGUCAAGCAUCAGAAAAAUUUCAUCGACAAUUACAUCCAAAUAAUGAUUGGGGGUUGGAAUUUUGGACCUUAAAAAUUAUUGGAAUAAUAGCAUUGUCAAUUAUCACAUUUUAUCAUAUUUUUUCAAAUGUGUGGGCCAGCCGCAUCAACCAAGCACUAGCAGUGGUUAAAAUGUUAACUCUGACAGUCAUUAUUUCUAUUGGAUUUGUUCAACUUGUUAGAACGGAUGUCAGUAAGCCAAAUUGGCAAAAUCCAUUCUAUGUUACAGAAAAUCUUUCGUUUUCAAGUGUUGCUAGCGCUUUAAUUUCAGUUUUCUUUGCAUAUAAUGGUUGGAACAAUUUGAAUUACUCUUUGGAUGAAUUUAAAGACCCUAAAGGUCGAUUGAUAUACAGUAAUAGUCUCAGUGUCACUGUUGUGACUAUAUUGUAUACUCUUACAAAUGUUGCUUUCAUCACAGUCGUGAAUUCAAAAGAUGUAAAUAGAUAUGGAAAAGAUUUUAAUGAAGUGAUAGCAGGCAAUUUUGCCAAGGAGAUAGGUGGCGAGAAGUUUGGAAGGGCAUUGUCAUUCUUUGUUGCAUUGUCUGCUUUUGGUGCUGCAUCUUCUAUGACAUGGAGUGGAUCACGUGUCAUUGUUGAAGCUUCGAGAAUCGAUUUUAUUCCACUUUUCUCUGUAUAUUUAAAACAGUUAGAUGAUAAAAAAUAUACACCACGCAAUGCACUUUUGGCACAAUUUAUUUGGUGUGUAAUGGUGUUUGUAAUUCUUGGUGGAGCAUUCUCCUCUGAUCCAUUCAAGACGCUGUCAGAUUUUUCCACAUAUUUUGCAUGGAUUUUUUACUUCCUUGCUAGUAUUGGUUUAUUGUGGCUUAGAUAUAAAGAGGCAGAAAUUGAUCGAUCAUUCAAAGUUCCGAAUUCAUUAAUAGCUAUAUUUAUAUGUUCAGCAAUAUUCAUAAUUAUUGGUAAUUCAAUUAAGAAGGAUAUUCCAAAACCGUCUACAUCUGAUUACGACGAUUGUCAAAAAAAUGCAAUAACCAUCGAUCAAUAUAUAAUACCAAUUAUAUGCGGUGGAUUUUUAUUUGUUGGGGCUGGUUGUUGGUGUAUUAGUUAUUUCAGAUCUGGUGGGAAUUCACGCAAUAAUAAUAUUAGAGGUGAUGUUUCUAGUGAAAAUAGUGACAAUCAUGACAAUAGCGAUAAUAAAAUUGUUGGUACAUCUUUGUAA